CUGGUCGUAUACCGUCAGCAUGAGCAAAGAACCUCUUCCCUCGUCCUUCGAGGAUAGCCCUCAAUUUGAAGAGGAGACGUCGCUUCAGAAGUUCCGCAGAAGACUCAAGGAGGAGCCAUUGAUCCCGCUGGGAUGCGCCGCUACCUGCUAUGCGCUCUACCGCGCCUAUCGUUCCAUGAAAGUGGGUGACUCGGUCGAAAUGAACCGCAUGUUCCGCGCCCGUAUCUACGCCCAAGGCUUCACCCUGUUCGCCGUCGUUGCCGGAGGCAUGUACUACAAGGUCGAGCGCACGCAGCGCCGUGAGUUCGACCAAGCGGUGGAGGAGCGCCACAGCCAGGAGAAGCGCGAUGCCUGGCUGCGCGAGUUGGAGAUUCGCGAUAAGGAGGACCGCGACUGGCGUGAGCGUCAUGCGGCCAUUGAGGCGGCCGCCAAGGAGGCUGGCAAGAAGCCGUCCCCGCCGGACGCCGCUCGCUCCGCUAUUGAGGCCUCCGAGGAGAAGUCCGUGGGGGUAUUAGAUGCCGUGAAGCUGCUGUGGUCGAGACAGUAGUGAUUGAUGCAGAAAUUGGAACCGUCUGAUGUUUCUUUGGGUAUCAUAUUUUAUUGUACAUAUGUCUCUCUUUUUUUUGGGGCCAGUGAAUAUCCAGAAGCCUUCCCGACUCUAUGCCGGUCUUUGACGUGGUUUGAUCUCAUCCUCAGCCUACAACUUGCUCGUCUAUAUACCGUCUCAUGGUGUCA